AUGAUUGAUGACCAAGACCUUGGAUUUAUUGCCAAUUUUCUUGGCAUCUUUAUAUUUGUUCUAAUAAUAGCUUACCAUUAUGUGACGGCUGACCCAAAAUAUGAGGGGAACUGAGAACUUGUUUCUUGUUUACAUAUUUUUCGUGAUUCAAGGGGACCUUAUAUGGCACACAAAUGGUGUCAAGUGUUGUAACUGAAAUAUAUUACAAUAGUAAUUAGAAUAAUUUAGCUAAGAUUCUUUACUCUAUCUUAUGCAGUUUCCCUACUGAUUGAACUCUUAUAUUGCUUAUGGUUGUUAAUACGAUGGAUCUUUGAGUGAUUUUCUUC